GCAUUGUAACCUGCUAUCAAGCAACGGUCUUUUCUAACCACAGGGCGUGGGAGAAGAUGUUCUGUGGUGGGUUGCACCCGAGGUGUGGCGCACCCCUGCACGCCCCAGCGACUCGCAUCUGCUUACCUACCCAGUUUGCACAGUUGUCUCUGAAGGCUAGCAGAUCGCAGGUGAGGCAAAGAGAGUCUGUGCCCAACCCGGUUGUCAGGGCACAAGCUGGUGCAAAGGCUGCCCUUGCUGAUGGGCCAGAGGCGUCAGCUACUUUAAAAUUCACAAAGGGCUCAGCACACAAGUUGCGGCGAGUCUUGGACCAGAUACGCGGCAGGAGCUACGAGGAGGCCCUCAUGAUCCUGGAAUUCUUGCCUUACAGAGCAUGCGAGGACAUCCUGCCCACUCUUAUAUCAGCAGCAGCAAAUGCUAAGGAGAAUAUGAAGAUGUCCAAGCUGAAUCUGUACAUCAGCGAGUGCUAUGCCGACUCUGGGCCAGCAUUCAAGCGCUUCUCCCACGGCUACAAGGGCAGGGCCUACAAAAUCCUCAGGCCUACAUCGCACCUGACCAUCAAGGUGAAGGAGCGCAGCAGGGGAGGGAGGGCUGCGCAGGCAGCAGUAGCAGAGCCUGUCGCAGCGGAGUAAUUGGAGCCACCCUUUGAGAAACAAGCAAUGGUAUUUUGUGACUAUUGCACGUGGGCGGAUCACUGCGUCUGCACAAGGAUAACGUUCGUGUUGUUUGUGUGAUCGUAUACAAGAGUUGUGGGGCAGCUGGGUUGGCUCAACAUAACCUGUACAAUGCCCUUGGCAGAUGCUGCUACCUAGAAAGUGCUCGUAUCGUCAUCAUGAUCAUUUUGAUAGCAUCAUGCCCUACUUGGGAUGACAGAGUCACCCAAUGGUUGAGCUCUUGGCAGGACUCAUUGGAUCAGUCCUGUAAGCGCGCUCCAUUUGCCU